AUGGACUCUUCUGACAGUGAAGUAGACGAAGUCACACUUAUCAUCCCUUAUGAUUGGGCACGCCGCCGCCGCUCUCCGGCCUGGACAUUCUCUUUGCGUCCUUUCGAGCCCUUUUACCACCGUCCCUCUCGGACCUGGACCCUGUCCUUGCGACUUUUCGCCGGCUUUUACUCGCUGGAGCUGCGUCCGGAGAGCUUUGACCUGGACGCGGGGCAGACACAAGAGAUCCGGGAAUACUUGGAAACCGCACCCUUCCUCCUGCGCGUCGGACGCGAAGGCAACCACACUCUAUUUGUGCAAGGGGUCCGCACGCGCACCGACCUAACCCACCCUGCCGUCCAGAUCCUCGCCUCGGCCGACCCGCAAUGGAGGCAUCAGUACAUCGACGAGAUCCACCUCGUCGCUUCAAGGUUUCUCAGAACCAUCAAUCGACGCCGUCGUGCCCGCCAGCUAUCCCGGACGAUUGAUCUUCCAACCAACACUCCUCCUCCGGCACAUCUGGUGUCUCCGAACCUUCCCGGCGGCCCUGCUGCCUGCUGCAUCUGUCUUGCCGAGUAUUCUGAGGACUCUCAGAUUACCAUCCUCAACUGCCGCCACACUCAUCACUUCCACCGCGACUGCCUCUUGGAAUGGCUUCGCCAAAACAGUUCCUGUCCUUACUGCAAGGCCCCGGUGCAGUGA